AGCGCGCCCACGCAGUUCCGAAUGCCGACCGUUACAAGCCAGACCCCACCACCCGCACCCCAUUUCGAAACUUCGCUUCGAACUGCCCACGCGCUCGGGUUCAGACUCAGAGAGAGAGAGGAAAGGAAAGCGAUGGAGAACACGAGCAGCGACCGCGGCGGUUCCAAGCCCGGGAUCCGGUUCGGCUUCUCCUGGGCCGACGAGGUCGAGCGUGAGGAGCGGGAGCAGCAGGAGGAGGAGCAGCGGCGGUGGGAGACGGAGAGGGAGCAGAUCAAGGCGGACCCGUUCGGCGGGGCGCGGCCGCGGGAGGUGGAGCAGCGGCGGUGCGAGACGGAGAGGGAGCAGAUCAAGGCGGACCCGUUCGGCGCGGCGCGGCCGCGGGAGGUGGUGCUAGCCGAGAAGGGCGUCGACUGGCGCGCGCGCGACCGCGAGCUGGAUCUCCACCUCCGCACCGCCCCGCGCCCGCGCCGCAGCCGGAAGCGCGCGGCCGCUACGGGCACGAGCAAGGGGGCCGUCGCGGCGCACGGGGCGACGCCCGAGCGCGGUGCGCUGCGGGAUCAGGACGCCGCGGGCGCCGGACGAACGCCGCAUCCGCGGGGGCGGCGCGCGGCUGCUUCGACGCCGCCGCUGCCGCCGACGGUUAGCCACAGCGCGUGGGGCGGAAGCAAGAGGAAGUGUGCCGGGGAAGGGCCUGGGCCGUUGCGGCGAGUCCGGCAGGUGGAUGAUCAGAGGAGGAAGGUCUUCGGCGAGCUCAACGUUGGAGAGGGCUGCGGCUCCUCGAUCCGUGCCUCCAACAACAAGAGCUGCGACUCCGGUGGAAGUCAAGCCCAGGGGAUCAAAUCGAGUAUGCCCGUGGUUGCUGACGGUGAGAACAGAUGUAGCAUGGUGCCGGCGACGAAGGUAACCGCAACCGAGGUUGGUGAAUCUGCUGUUGCCCAGAAGAGAAGGGGAGGGAAGAGGAGGAAGGGGAAAAGAUCCAAGAAGACUACCAACCAGGAAACUCUGGUAAGCUAAGUGAUCGAAACCGCGCUGAUUACUGAAUAAUGACUACUCAACUGAACUAGAUGGCGUGUAGAGUGAUGUAGUUUAAACUGUUGCUGCAACAUUCAUCCAGCAUACUAGUAGACUAUAUUGUGGUGUUCUUUGAACUGAUUAAGGUGUCAGAAAUAUUUCCGUGCUGAAUUCUGUGCAAAUUAGAUUGUGUGAUGAGCUGAUGAGACUGCUUUGGCGUUUCGGAAAUCUUGUGUGAAAAGUUCAGUGAAUGAAUAUGGCCUAGGUGGUAAUGUUGACCCAUGCCAUCUGUUUUGGAUUGCAAA